AUGGCAAUGAGUCAUGGUUCAUCGAUCUUAGUUGGAUCAAUAAUUUAUAUGGUCUUAGGAGUAGCUGCAUGUUUUGGAUUCAAUUCUUAUGUAUCUAAAAAAACAAAAAAUCCCCAUGACGUUCCUGAAAAUAGAACGUAAUAAUCAAUUUGAAUUAAGAAUAACUCUUGUAAGUGUUACUAUUGCUACAUUUUGUGCUUGGUUAAUGUGGGUGGUUGCAUAUAUGGCAUAAAUGAAUCCAAUAAUUACACCAGAAUGGGAAAAUCAUUAGCCAAGUUAAAAGGAUUGA